CAAAGAUAUUCCGUAGUGUUUUUCAGUCCUGAAAAAAUCGCCCCAUCAUCGGUCUCCCUUUCAAAAUUACAAGACACUUUCGAACCAAACCAGUGCUACAUUUGUGUCUAAUAAUUUGCGUCGGAAACAGUUAGACUUCCUUGCAUUUACUUACACCCCACAUUUAACAAAACAGUAUCGAUCAUUUGACAACAAUCAUAUUGUAAAGCGGUGAUUAUUUUCGUGGCAUCCUUUCAAGCGCCAGUAGUGUUUUCGCUGAUCUCAACCUCGACAGUCAAUUCGUUCACUUGCUCCAGCUUAUCCACUCCGGCACAAUGCGCAUCACAGUGAUGGACGCCAACAGCUCGGACCUGUCCACUUUCGAGGUUGCCGACGAUAUGGAGCUGGAGAAUCUGAUAGCACUUUGCCGGAUGGAGUUCAAUAUACCGGCCAACAUGCGGCUGGUACUCUCAGCAAAACAGCAAAUGUUGGUCGAUCAUAAGCAAACGCUCACGCACUACGACGUCAAGGAUGGGGAUGUGCUGCUGUUGCACAAGGAACCAAUCGGACAACCCGCACCCCCCGUAGCAGCACCAGCUGCAACAGCCUCGGCCGCCCGUGCCCGUCCAAUGAUGCCUCCGACUGGAACUGAACCGGCGGCAUUGGCUAGCCUGGAUUUUAGCUCCAUUCAAGUACCUACCUCGAUCUUGUCCUCUGCCGGUGCCGGUGUGCAGCCUCCGGGUGGCUCCGCUGGCAGCAGUGCUGCCCUUCCCAGCCACCUCAAUCGUCCCUCGCCGUCCGUCGGUCUCGAGGAUGAUCCGGCCGUCGUACGUGAUAUGUUCCUCUCGAAACCGGACCAGCUGGCACUGCUGAAGCAGAAUAACCCACGGCUGGCCGAGGCUCUCCUGUCCGGCAAUCUCGAAACUUUCGCAACCGUCCUGCGCAAGCAGAUUGCCGAGCGAAUGGAGAAACAACAGCAACGGCUGCGGAUACUGGCCAGCCCGCUCGACGCAGAGGCCCAGCGAUUGAUCGCCGAGGAGAUCAAGCAAAACAACAUCGAGGCGAACAUGCAGGCUGCGAUGGAAUACAAUCCGGAAACGUUUGGUACGGUCGUUAUGCUUUACAUCAACUGCAAGGUCAACGGGCAUCCGGUGAAGGCGUUCAUCGAUUCUGGCGCCCAAGCUACGAUCAUGAGCACCGCCGCAGCCGAGCGCUGCAAUAUCAUGCGUCUGAUCGACACACGGUGGGCCGGCAUUGCCAAAGGCGUCGGUGUUCAACGCAUCAUCGGGCGCGUCCACAUGGUGCAGAUACAGAUCGAGAACGAUUUCCUUACCUCGAGUUGCUCGGUGCUGGAGCAACCAAUGGACAUGCUGCUUGGGCUGGACAUGCUCAAGCGCCACCAGUGCAAUAUCGAUCUGAAGAACAACGUGCUACGCAUUGGUACCACUGGCACGGAAACACCGUUCCUGGCUGAGGGCGAUCUGCCUGAGUGCGCUCGACUGACCGGCAGCCCGGAGGAGGAGAAACGUGCACUGGCCGAGUCAGCCAAACUGGCGGAGGAGCUUGCAAUUAAGGAAGCGCUUGCCAAAAGCCAGACCGACCAGGCAUCGACAAGCGGUAGCACCAGUGGCACCAGCAGUGGCAACAACAACACCACAACGACCUCAACAUCAACUCCGGCCAGCAGCAGCAGCCCGCCAGCAGUGCAACAGCAGCCUCCACCAGCGACCACGGAGCAACCCCCACCGGAGCCAAUGCAGCAGGACGAACCGAUGUUGACACUCUUGCCAACCGAUCGGUUCACCGAGAUGGACGUCGUCGAGUUGGAAUCGAUGGGCUUCAAGCGCCAGAUGGUGAUCGACGAGUUGCGAGCUGCAAACGGUGAUAAAACGAAGGCUACCUCGGGCCUGUUUUCGAGACUAGGAUAAGCAAAGAGGAACAAUGCGAAAACAGGGAACAGGGAAUAGAUAGAAGACACCAGACGAACGAGGCAUUUUUGGAUUCGGUUUAAGUUGGAACUGACUGAUUUCGCUUUCCCUUUCCAGAUCACAAUGCUUUCCCCAAUUACACCAUAAGCACCCAUGUUUACCCCGUAUCCCUUUUCUAUCGUGUCAAGUUUAUUCCUCAAUUAUAUUCCUUGGAUAGAGAAAUGUAGGGGCACACUACCUGCAUUUAAGCACCUCUUUUUAAUUAUUACGAUUUCACUUAAACUCGUUUCGAUCAACAUGAAACAUAUCGCAGGGCGUCGUGGUUUAUUCUUAUCUCAGUUCGUUUCAAUUCUAAACCCCGGAUAACAUGCAAAUGAGCGGUAGAAAUGGUGCGCCAGAUGACAGCAAAGUUAGAUUCAUGAUUGAACAACUCAUGAUUCAUUUUCAGUACUACUGCCAUUAAUGGAAUUUCGAAUUUUCGCUCCAGAUUCCCCGCAGUCUUGAUUAUUGAUGCAUGCAACAGUCACUCUGUAUAUUUCUCAAUUAAGCUCAAACUAUUCUAUAGUGCUUUGCCAGUAAUAUGCUGUAAGAGCUGGAUACAGUUGUUUAUAUCGAGGGCUUUUGGAGGCCUGUAAAAACAUUUUAAACUUUUCGUACACCCUACACAUUACCGUUGGGUCAAACAGUAAUCUCAUGUGUCAGAAUUUAACAAAUAUUCUUUGGACCAUAUUUUUUACCAUUUUGUUUUUCAACUUUGCAAGCUAUAAUACUCCCCUUUUUAUGUUGGCCAGCGUGGUUUUGAAACAAUUGAAAAAAUAAGUAAGACGAGUAAAACUAUUGGAACACUACUAUAAUUGGGAGGGCGAUCUGUGCAUACAACAUAAUCGAGAGAGAACUUUAUUUCAAAUUUCAGCUUAGGGGUUUUUGUGCUUUUUGUGGGUUGAGGGUUUAACGAAUUUUUCUAAUAGACAAACAAAUUAAGAUGAAUAAAAUUUUAGGAUAUUACGAUCGGAUGUCGCAGAAA